AUGGCAGAAGAAGAAGGAUUCUUCCUCUCGGGAGCAGGAGGAGAAGAAGAAAAAGAAACGAUGAUGAGAGCGAGAUGCCGAAAGGAAGUGUUCGAGUAUUCCGGGGUGAUUCCUUCGCAAUUGGUCAGGAAACAUUUAUCAAUUUUUCUUUCUCAUCAGAAGACGAACAAUUCAUUAUUAGUAUCGUCGUCUUCGUCUUCACUUUCUUUCGAGCAGCGCGUGAUGCAGACGCAAGAGAGGUUGUUAGAACGCUGCGAGAAAAGAGAAGAAGAAGAAGACAAAGAAGAAGACAAAGACAAAGAAGAAGAAGACAAAGACGAGAAAAAGAGAAAUUCAAACGCCAACACCACCACCGAAAACACCAACCCGUUCGUAAAAACGCUGGAAAGAAGACGAGUCGAGGACGUUUUGAGAGAGAAUUUUGAAGAGAACAACAACACCACCGCGAGCAGCGCGACGACGACGACGACGAGCGCAGCCUAUCGACGUCUAAAUAAUAAUAAUAAUAAUAAUAAUGGGAAGAAGCUGGACGCGAACGUCAAGUGUAUUCUGGACGCGUACGAAGCGUCGUUGGAUACUAGAGAUUCUUCAACCGCGGGGGGUUCACGCGUGAGAGUAGAUUUCUUUUGCUUGUUUUUGUUUAUGCACGGCAUAAACUUACCGUCGGCAAAGUCGCCGAUGAAAGCAAACGCGGAGUGGUACUCGAGCUUAGGAGGCGGGAACUCCGAGGAGGGUAAUGAUUCAGCGGAACAAAACAACGAACAACAACUAAAACAACAACAACAAAGAAGCGAACGCGAUAAAGAAGAAUUCGUGCGAAUGAAGUUUUUAAUCUCGCAUUGGAACGAUAUUAAAACGAUUGCGACGAAAACGGACGACUUGAUCGAUUCUCCCGGGCUUAUUAGCGCAAACUCGUGGGAGUGCUUCAAAUACGUGUUUCAAUUUUACGACGCGAACGAGAUGAGAGAGAUUGAUGCCAAGAGCGCGAAAGAGAAAUUGCAAACGGUACAAAACAUCUAUCGAUUAUUAGAGGACUCCUUGUCUUCGAAGAUUUCAUCUUUUUCCGGCGCGUUGAAGAAACCGUUCGAGUUGCGCGUGGAAAAUUUGAAAAAGCAAACGUUUGCGCGCGAGUUAGUUUCCUCCGCCAGCACUAAAGAAGAAGAAAACGAUGAUGAUGAAAUAAUCUCCUCGUGCUUGAUUGCGAAUUGCUCGGAGAGUACCGUGUAUGUCAUGGCGCCCGUGAAGCACGUUCGAAUCGAUAACGUGGUGGAUUGUUCCCUAUUCAUCGGCUCGGUAUCCUCGACAAUAUUUCUCUCCAGAUGUGAGCGCGUCCACGUCGUCUCGGCGUCGAAAUAUUUAUUUAGCAAAGCGUCGCACGAUUGUAACUUUAACGUCGCAGUGGAGAAACGUCCAAUUUUCGUCGGUGACUCCCGAGGUUGCGUCGUGGGACCGUACAAUUCCUACUACGGCGGGUUGUCGACGCACUUGAAAAAGUGCCGGUUGCAUCCGGAUUCGAAGGAUAUGACGGAGAGUUGGAAAAGCUCUCGGGUAAUUAGCACAAAUCCCGAUCCCGAUUCAGGUUCAGAGUCCGAUAGCGACCUUAACAAUAGUAACUUUAGCGUCUGCGUGCAGAAACCGGAAGAUUUCGGGCCUUUCAUCGUUCCGUUUUUGCCGUCCGAGGAGAUUGCGUCGGGAACCGCCGCGGCGGCUGGCGAAAAAGGAGGAGGGGAGUAUAAUCAGUCGCACGAUCUCGCGCCUUCCGCAUCAAUAGCAUCACCAGUAGAAAUUACGAGGGCGAACCCAUUUCGCAUUCCCGGUGAAUACGUCACCUCUAUGGACGAAAAAAACGAGCUCGUCGCCACUUUUCGCAAAGACAUAGUUGAAAAAAUGUCGAGCGGCGCGGACUCGGAAAAAGUCGCCAUGAUUCAGCGCGAGUUUCGAGACUGGUUGAAAUCCACCGGUAAUGCCAGACACGUCGGCGAUUUGCUCAAGAUGGAACGAACGUCGACGAGAUAG